AUGCCUUACACACCACCUUCCCACCGCUCCCCUGCAAGCUCAGCACCUUCGUCCCCUGACGUGAGCCGCCGCUCUUCGUUUCAAUCCAGCCCGAGACCGUCAUUACCAAGAUCCGCGUCUUACCUUACCAAGCACAGGAGGACACCCGCAGCGGCGACAGUAACAAACACAAAUGGAAACUCCAAUCAGCCUACACCGCCAGGCACAUCCGACGACCUCAAAGGCAUGGCGACAAGUAGCAGCGUAAGGCAAUCGCCCCCGCCGCUGACGGAUGAGCGAGGUAUGCCUAAGGGUGCCAUCAUCUCGCCUCCGGACUCGGGUAGCGAAGAAGAGGAUGUCGUUGUGCGUGGGAGACAGAUCGAAAACCUGAAAGAGCUGAAGGAUGCCAUAAGCCAGAUCCCAGUCCACCGAGAGGCAUCUCCCAGCCCGAAGCCUGAGCAGCGAUCCGUGGCACUCGUAAAAACCGACGGCAUUUCACACAGUUUCAGCACCGGCUCAUUGGAUGCCCUAGCAAAGAGCGUUGCUCGACGUGUCAACCACGCAAGGUCGAGCACUGAGCCCAAGAUUGUCAUGUCCAAGUCUGCCGAGGCAUCCUUAACCGGAUCUGAGGAGGAAUCCGACGAGGAGGCACCGCGGAAGCCCCAGAUGGUGCGAAAGAAGUCUGGUGAGCUUGUGCGACCCGCGCUGAGGCCGCCUUCUCGCCGUCGACCUUCCAGCAUGCCUGGUACCCCGACCUUCUCAAAGGCCGUCCACUUCGACUCUCAUCUUGAGCACGUGCGACACUUCCUCCAGGUCGACAGGCCCCUUGCUGUCAGUGCCGGAUCCUCGCCUGCCGAUAACUACGACAGUGAUACCGAGUACCCUUUCCCUGGUGAUGAGCAGCGCCCUGGCGCUCGAUCUCCACCCUACGAGUGGGAGAUCGUCACCGCGAACCCCCCUGUCGACAGUCCUAUUAGGAAGGCCCUCCCCGUUCGUCUUGAAAGGGUUUGGCUUUCUAGUGAUCAGAAGAACCUUUUGGGCUCCAUUUCUGUCGCCAACUUGGCAUUCCAGAAAUCUGUAACCUGCAGGUUCACCCUCGACUACUGGAAGACUACUUCGGAGGUCGGCGCGGAGUACUCUCACGAGAUUAGACCCCACGAUGGCGGCUCCAGUUACGACCGCUUCACGUUUACCAUCAAGUUGUCUGACCUAGCAAACCUUGAGAGCAAAACUCUUUACUUUUGCAUCCGAUACAACGUCAAUGGUCAAGAAUUCUGGGACAACAACAACGGCACCAACUUCCAGGUUGAUUUCCGCAAGAAGUAUCUUCCUCAAAACGGCAAACGGGGAAUGCAAGGCGCGGCAAGCCGCCCUGCCCUUCCCCGCAGCAAUCGUCGAACCGGAGCUUCCUCUAACCCUCGUCCCAAGUCUAUGCCUGUUGGCUUUGAUGACUUUGGUGACGCAGGCAAGGUGCACUUUGACCAGCCCAUUCAUGAGUACCUGGGAGAGUCAGGACCUAACAGCGGACUUCGCCUCAAGACCAACAAAUCCACUGGCAACCUCGCUAGCGACAACCUCUCAAGCCGGCUCUCCGCCCCCAGCGGACAAGCCUUCGCCAACCGCUAUGAUUUUGGUGCCUCUCUAUCUGCUGCUGUUCAGGCUGCCAAGGAUACCAUGGGCAAGGAUCGCAACCCUGAUGAUCUCUAUAUGAAGAGCCACCGGAAGAUCCAAGUUCCCGCCCAGCAGCCACCGCAACAGAAGCCAGUCUCUAACACGUCAUUCACCGGCGUUGCGCCUGCAGUGAAGCCCGCCGCCGCUCCCUCUACUACGGUUCCCGGCAACUCUUCCCCUAAUGCUUUGAUUGCCUCCUCCUCAUAUGAGGAACUGGUCAACAAAUACUGCUUUUUUGGCUCCAAGCAGUCUAGUCCUCAGAUCACAGAUGGCACAUUAAAGAGCGGAAAAUACGACGGAGCCGUUGACGGGUUGAACAGCUCAAGCUCAAGCUCGAACAGCAGCCCCAGCAUGGCCCAUCACGCUCAGCAUGCCGGUCCCGCCCAGCACCAUGCGAUCCACCUCCGGGACCCCAACCCGUACUUUCAGCAGCUGGGAGCCUAUGGCUCGUCUCCUGCUUCAUCUCCACUCCACCAACCCCAGAACCAGCGAGCGAGUCAGGCUUCCGCCCCAGCAACCAUGAGAUCGGCCUCCCCGGCUGCCCCUGUGGGUGGAUUCCCCUUCGCCGCGAUCAGGGGUUAA